AUGGUUACUGCCGAUCACAUUCGUGCCAUCUUUGAGCCCAUCGCUCGGGGUGAUAUGGCAUCGUUCUGGCCUCACGUUGAGCCCGAUGUGGACUGGACCGUCAAGGGCGCUCACUGUAAGAUCUCUGGACAUUACAAAUCUGUUGCAGAGUUCCAGCAGGGCACGAGGCCUCUGUCCUCGACAUGGGCUGGACCGUUGCACUUGGUUGUUCAAAAUAUUAUUGUUGAUGGUAACCAAGCCGCGGUUGAGCUCAAGGCUGUGGACACGACAACCAAGAGCGGAGAUCCAUUCCCCAACGAGUACACCUGGGUCCUUGGUUUCAAUGACAAUGGCAAGAUUGCUACGGUUCGAGCUUACAUGGAUACCGACCUUGUUACCCGUGUUAUUGAAAAGAACUCGUAG